AUGUGGCCAGGUACAUUUGGCAAGGUUACAGUCAUGGUAGAUGGAUCAGAAAGGAGUAGUGGGAGUUCAACUGCUCACCACGGCAAAAAAGAUAAGACUCGUGGACCAUUCAGAAAUCACCGAGAUUACGAAUGGAAAAUGACUGGUAGUGUAGAUGGAUGGGAUAUUGAAGAGCUAUCCUAA